AAGUUUGGAGGGCGUAGUAUGGGAAUUAACGCUCCCAAGGUACCCAAGUUUCCGUAAUUCCUCCGUAGCGGGUUACAGUCACACAUCCAGACAUCCAAUACCUCCAUACGCAUUCACACACAUCCAGACACACACACAGACAUACGCAUACAAUAGUUUCGCUUAUUUUUCACACACACUCCCACACACGUUCUGACUCGGACACAAUAGACUAGCUUUCAGACACACAAGUUUUUUUGGUUUUCACACUCACACACACAACACACACACACACAUCCACAAGCCCGCCUACGGAGGAACCGGAGGUUCUUCGGAACCGCGAGGGCUGGGGCCCUUUAUAAAAACCCCAGAAAACCGUUCACCAUGGAAGACGAACAGGAAACGGAAAAUACCAGCCUUGCUUCUCGGAUGAGUAAGGCACCUGAUAGUUUGGAGAGUGGAGGUUGCCAGCGCUCUCUCAAAAGUGAUGGCUUUUUCUUCUUACCAGGAAAUCGAAAGGAUGGAAAGAGAAAGUCCACUGCUGAGGGUGAAUGACGAGAUGAUAGAACAGAGAAUUCUUGAUCGAAUUGAUGUGUUGAUUGACAGGAAGAUGGAGAAACUGUUAGCGAGUGAUGCUAGGAAGGAGAGGGUAGAUGCCGAAUUAAGGCGAGAAGAGGAGACGGCGUUUCCGCCGCUCCCACCUAAACAACAGGUGGAAAGCGGAAGAAAAGACGCGAAGCGAGUUGAUCGAGGGAAGCAAAGUAAUGUGAGGAAAGGAAAAGAUAGUGAAAGGAGACAGGAGGUAGAAAAUGCAGAGGAAAAAAGGAAGAAAACGGUGAAGGAAAAGAAGAAAGAGAGCAAUGGAAAUGUACCUAGAAGAAUUAGAGAAGGUAGGACGGCGGCGAUUUCCCUGCGAAUAUUAGAGAAUAGCGAGGGCCUGUCUUAUGCGGAUGCAAUUAAGAAGGCUAAAGGGAACAUCGAUGUUGAUGAAAUGGGCAUCGAACGGAUAAGAGUGAGGACGGCGAUCAACGGCGGUCGAGUGCUAGAGAUAGGUGGAGAUAAGGCAGUGGAAAAGGCGGAAGAAUUGUCGCGAAAAUUAAGUAGUGUGUUUCAGACGCCUUAUGUCAAGGUCAAAAGGAUUCAGCGGAAGGCGGAGGUUCAACUGUGGGGAAUUGAUGAAGCUACAGUGGAAGAGGAGGCAAUACAAGCGAUAUCCAAUAUUGACGGUUGCGCGAUAGAGGAUAUAGAUGGUGGAAAAAUCAAGAGAACAGAGAAGGGAAUUGGAUCUCUGUGGCUAAGAUUACCAAUUAAAGUGGCGUGGACUAUCGCGAAAAAGAGACAGAUAAAGAUAGGAUGGAAUAGUGUGAAUGUUUCGUUAUUACAGAAAAGGCCAGUGCAGUAUUUUAAAUGCUUCGAAUUUGGGCAUUGGAAGGCUAAUUGUAGGAGUGAGAUCAGCUAUAGUGACAGAUGUUAUACAUGUGGUGGACAAGGACAUAUUGCGAGAGAGUGUGACAAAAGAAGUAGAUGUAUUAUUUGUAAAAAUAAAGGUCUAGACUUUAAGCAUAGAAUGGGUGAUAAACUGUGUAAAAGCAAGAAUGUGAGUGAUAGUGUGAAUGCGAGAUCCGGUUUACCUGAUAACGAAGGGACAGAAAGACCGAUUUCGAGGAUAGAAAGCAGUGAAAUUGCGGAAGAGUGUGUGUCGCCGACCUGUCUAGAUCAAACAGAGGAAACGGAAGGAGUGGAGACAGUGAGAGACGAGGAGAGGUCGUUCGAGGAAAUAGUGGUCGAGCAAGUGGAGGCCUACCAUAAGGUAAUGGCAGAUCAUCAGACCUCAAAACCGCAGCGAGCAAAGAUGAAGUUCGAGAAGGGAAAGGUUGAGAAGGGAGAUGGAAAGGAGAGAGAGGAUCAUGGGUGAGUGGC